AUGCAUAUUAAUGAAUGUAAUCUGAAGACCCACAACUGCAGUAGCCAGUCAGCAACAUGUGCUAAUAACGAUGGGUCCUAUAUAUGCGAGUGCCAUCCAGGGUUUAAUACCUGGAAUGGCACUGACUGUCAAGAUGUUGAUGAAUGUAGCUUGAAGACUGAUGGUUGCACUGAUUUGGCAACAUGCGUUAACACGUUUGGUUAUUUCCGCUGUGAAUGUCCACCGGGGCUUAGGAGCAAUGGCACCGGCUGUCGAGAUGUUGAUGAAUGUAGCUUGAAGAUCGAUGAUUGCACUGGUCUGGCAACAUGUGAAAACACAUUUGGUUCUUUUCUCUGCAAAUGCCCACCGGAACUUAGGAGCAAUGGCACUGACUGUCGGGAACUUGAUGAAUGCGAAGAACGUAAUUUGACGUGCAGCAUUGAUGCUCCCUGUACUAAUGAGAAUGGGACAUUCUCAUGUGUUUGCAAGCCUGGAUUUACUGGAGAUGGAUUUUCCUGUACAGAGAUCAACGAGUGUCUUCUGCCUUCACCGCCCUGUGAACCUAAAAGGUGCAUUAAUGAGAUUGGAAACUAUACAUGCUGCCAACUUGGGUAUAUCGCCAAUAGGACAAUGCUGAACAGUGCCGGGAUUGAAGAAUGUAUAGUACAAGCAUGCCCGAAUAGCAAUCAGUUUUUGGGCACCGUCACUGACAUAACCAAUGUUUUGAAGAAUUUGACCUGCCUUCCAGGAUUGGCCUUGAAGCCGGGUGUACCUACAAUCCAGUACUGCGACGCUCAAGGCCACUGGCCUACUUGCUCUGAUAUUGAUGAAUGUAGCUUGAACAUUCAUAAAUGCACUGGCAUGGCAAUGUGUGUAAACACAAUCCGGUCUUACCAGUGUACAUGUCCAUCAGGGUUUCGCAGUAAUGGAAUUGACUGUGAAGCCGUGGUUGGCUUUCACCCGCUCCUCUUCGAUUCCCAACUACAUGCUAUAUUGAAUGUGGCGGUCUCAAAAAGCUUCUGGCCAGAGGAACACAGCAAUAGCCAGCAACUCAUCAGUGGAUCCAGAUGA